AUUCAAAACACAACUGAAAACACAAAACAAAAACUUUUUUCCGGACUUUUAAUUAGCUUUUAAUUAAAAAAACUUUUAAUUUAAUUACAAAUACGUAUGGAUUCGGACACUGAGGACGAGGAGGACACGUGGGAGGAGGCCAGGGAUGUGGUCGAUGAGCCCCCGGUGGACAGGGAGGCGGAUGAGCCCCCAGAGGACGACGAUAUGACGGACAUCGAGGAGGUGGACGACCCGGAUGUUGACAAUAAGCAGCAAAUACUGGACGACUGUCUGGAGGCGUUCGCCGGCGAAGACUAUAUUAUGGAACCGGGAAUCGUCUCGUCGUUGGGCCGGUAUUUCCAAGCGGGUGGUAACCCGGAACAGGUGGUGGAGUUGUUGUCCACCAACUAUCACGCGAUCGCACAGACGGCUAACCUAUUGGCCGAGUGGCUCAUAAUGACAGAUCUGAAGAUAUCGGAAGUCCAGUCCCUCGUUGAGGACCACUUAAAACAGUUGAUUAUCAAACACUUUGACCCCAAGAAAGCCGACUCCAUAUUCUCGGACGAGACUACCGGCACACCCGCGUGGCUGACGGAGAUGAUAGAGCACCAGACGUGGCGCUCAUUGAUCUAUAAGUUGGCCGAAGACUAUCCCGACUGUCUUAUGCUUACGUUCACCGUUAAGACACCCGCGUGGCUGACGGAGAUGAUAGAGCACCAGACGUGGCGCUCAUUGAUCUAUAAGUUGGCCGAAGACUAUCCCGACUGUCUUAUGCUUACGUUCACCGUUAAGCUCAUAUCGGACGCCGGUUUUCAGGGCGAGAUCACCAGUAUAUCGACGGCGAGUCAACAGCUGGAAGUGUUCUCACGUAUACUCAAGACAUCGAUCAAUAACUUCUUGGAGAGGGGAGAGGAGACACUGGACACCAGUACCAGUGAAUUCACGAAAAUGGUAUGCCAUGGCGAGCACACGUUCCUCUACAGCCAGGCCAUGAUGAACGUGUUGGCCCAGGAGUCGAAGGGCGGCGCCGGCAUUAAACGCCUGUCCCAAGAGAUCUCGAAUUUCGCACAAAAACUCGGACACGACGCCACGCCUAUCCUACUGGCCCUCAACGGCGCCUCCGCCCACCCUCGGGUCAGUCAGGCCCUGAGCGCCAUGUUAGCCAAAAACGCCUUAAAUCCGGCCGACAUUACAGUCCUGUACAAAGCAUAUCAGGCACCGGACGCCCCGCCCGUCGAACUACUACGAGUGCCCCAAUUCCUGGACCUCCUACUGGACUCCCUGUUCAAACCCCUGUGCAAACUGCACCCGGAGCACAAGCCUAAGUACAUCUACCUGUUGGCCUACGGGGCGGCUGUACACGAGUCGCAUACCGGUGCGAAAAAGUCGACGCGAAAGCACGUGAAUAAGGACGAGCUGAAGGGUACGGUACAGGCGAUCGAAAAGGUCAGCGCUAUCUGUACAGAGAAAAAGGGUUCGUCCGAAUUGCUACCGGAGCUGUCGGCGCUGUUUCAGUGCAUUCGGUACCCGGUGUGCGCGCUGGGUAUGUGCCACUGGGUCCGGACUGUGGUGUCGGAGCGCACGUACUUCCAGUUGAGUACAGAGCACACGCCCCUCCAUUUGGCGCUCUUGGAUGAGGUGACCACAUGCCACACCACACUUCACCCGAAAGUACUGGACCUAUACGUGACGAUAUUCGAGUCGACUCAAGAGGAACUGGAGGUAUUGGCGCAGUUGGAGGUGAAAAAGAUGCUGUUGGACCGUAUGGUGCACCUGCUGUCCAGGGGGUGUGUCGUACCGGUGAUCGCGUACAUCAAGCAGUGCAUCGAUAGGGGAGAGACAGACAUGUCGUUGAUUCGCUACUUUGUUUGCGAGGUGUUGGACGUAAUCACCCCUCCCUUCACCGGGGAGUUCGUGCAGCUGUUCUACCCGGUGGUCAACAAUAAGGACGUCACCGGUAGCCUGAGGUCCGACAGCGAGCAACAGUUGGUGCACGAGUUUUUAGGU